UGAGAUAAGGGGUGAAGAAAGAGGUGAGAGCACUGCUAGGGGCAGGCAUGCAUGGAUACGUCAUUAAGAGGCAGAAACAGAGGUGAAGCGAAGUUUUCCGGUUUCCUCUCUCGUGACCCUGUGCCAGCGGAGCCUGGGGGUGUGCUUUGUGUUCGGGCGUGCCCCGUGGAGCCCCGUCUGCAGGGACAGAAAGGACGACAGCACCACGAGGGUCCACCGGCAAAGGAGAAGCCAUGUCCAGGAGAAAGCCGAGAGGCAUGUAUGUAUCUGAGAUGGCAUUAAGAGAACAUUUUGAUCCCUGCAAAUAUCCAAAGAAGACAUACCUACUAUGCAAGCUGCAGUGGGCUAAUAGUGGCUCGAUUUGGACACACUGGGUCAGAAAUGACAAUGAUAAGGAUAAUGAUAAUGAUAGCCAUGCAGAAGAGUACUUCCUGGAGGAAGUCUUCGAGCUGAGAAGUUCCAAUAUCUGUUACAUCACCUGGUACCUGUCCUGGAGCCCCUGCAUGACGUGCUGCUAUAUAAUCCGGGAUUUCCUGGAGAGCCACCCCAAUGUGAACAUAGAAAUACACGUGGCACGGCUCUACAAAACACGCUGGGCAGGAACACGCAGUGGCCUGAGGGAACUUGCCCGCUUGCGAGGCAGAGUAACCAUUGAUGUCAUGGAAAUCGAAGACUAUAGGUACUGUUGGAAGACCUUUAUACAAAAAGGUGAUGAUAAUUUCUUGCCUGUGAACUUUCAACCAGCCUUAAAUAGAAAUCGUCGGAGGCUCAAAAAUAUCCUUAAGGGGCUUCAUUUAUAGAAUCAGAGAAUCACAGAAUAUCUCAAGUUGAAAGAGACCCAAAAGGAUCGUCAAAUCCAACUCCCUUCUCCUCGCAGGACUACCUAAAACUAAACAUGACUAGAAGCAUCUUCCAGAUGCUCCUUACCUCUGACAGGCCUGAUGGUGUGACUGCAUUCCUGGGGAGCCUGUUCCUGUGACUGACCACCUUCUCAGUGAGGAGCCUUUUCCUAAUGUCCAAGCUGAACACCACUAAUGCAGCUUCAUUCCAUUUACACUGUCCUAUCACCGGUCAUGGGUUUCAGGAUUACUUAAAUUUCAGGAUUGCCCUGUCCCAAGUGGAGAAUCUGGCACUUGCUCUUGUAAUAUUUCAUACAGUUGGUGGCUGCUCAGCUCUUCAGUAUCCAGAUCUCUCUGCAGGGCCUCUUUACCCUCAAGGGGAUCCACAGAUCCUCCUAGUUCAGUAUCAUUCGCAAAAUUACUUAAUUUUUGGUUCCUGCAUUUGAUUCCUCCACAUCGAUGAUUUAUAAGAACAUUGAAGAUCACUGGCUGUGAAAAUGAGCCCUAAGGAACCCCAGUGGUGACUGGUCACCAGCCUGAUGUAAUCCCAUUCACUGUAACUUUUUGAGCCACUUGCUCACCCAAAGGCCUAUGGACUUAUCUAGCUGUGUGCUGGACAUUUUAUCCUGAAGGUGAAGUACCGAGGCCUGAGCAACAGGCCCUGACUGAGGCCUGAAAAAUGGGCCUUGAGCCAAAGUUGACCUCUAGAUGAACCUUCCAACCAAAGGUUAUAUUUGUAUCUGCUCACUGACAAAGUGUUAUUAGCAGCAUGAUAUAGGUAUCCUCUCUUUGGCAAAAGAUGGGAAUGAUUUACCUUUCUGUAUUUAAAAACUGGACAAGGCCAGAUCUUCUUUUCUCUACCUCUAUUUUCCUAUAUUUCUUUCUUCCUUUCUUCCUCUGCUUAAAAGUUUAACUCACUGCUGCUGCAGGCUGUUCAAAGGUGGCUGUUGCCACGCGUUGUUCAGAAAGAUUUAACCUGCAGGCUGUUCAGAAAUGUUUAAAUUGUUGCUGCUAGAGGCUGUUGAAUCUAUCAUAUGGUUUAAAUUGCUGCAACCUGUAUAAAUAAAACUUUCUGAUUGA